AGGUGUGAACCUGUGAAGAGGCGGAGAAAAGAGUCCGAAAACACACAGGUAGAUGACAAAAGCGCUGGAAGUGACAUGUAACAUAAAAAUAUAGACUGCAUCUUUGCCGAUAACCUGCCUGAAUCUAUCAGAUGGUGAAUUGUUUCGAGGCACUUAAGGAGUCGGAGUUGUGAUUUGUGGAAAAGCCCUCCUUCGACGUCGCUGGAGGUUUCAGUGCCAACAUGGAUCCCUUGUCUCGGGGCGUGUUUUGUUAAGAAAUAGCUGUCAACUACGGGAGUACUGAGCAAUUUUGAUUAACGGUUGGCCGGGUCAUGCUGAUGGACCAGGACACUCAGUGGCUGUACCAACUCCUGGCUGAGGUCCAGUUGGAGAAGUUCUACCUGCGCGUCAGAGAUGGCCUCAACAUCACCCGCAUCGAGCACUUCAACUAUGUAAAGGAGAGCGACCUGGAGCAGAUAGGAAUCAGCAAACCUGCACAGAGAAGAUUAUGGGAUGCUCUGAAAUGCUACAAAACUUCACGAUCACGAAUAUCCAAGGUGUUAAGCGGUCACAGUCUGAAUGGGGGGGAGCAGUGGAGCGGAGGCAGCUCAGCUCAGGGUCAGGACAGCGGUGGCCGGGCUCUUCCUUGUCUGAUCCAGGACAGCGAGCUGCUUCUGGGAGAGAAGCUGGGCUCCGGGUCCUUCGGGGUGGUCAAGAAGGCAGAGUGGCACACGCCCACUGGGAGAGUGUUGCCUGUAGCAGUAAAGUCACUAAGGAGCAGCAUGUCCAGGCAGACAGACACACUGACAGACUUCCUCCAAGAGGUGACCACCAUGCAGUCACUGGACCACACCAACAUCAUCCGACUUUAUGGCGUGGUGCUCACACAGCCCCUCAAGAUGGUAACAGAGCUGGCCCCAUUGGGCUCACUAUACGACACCCUGCGCUCACGUCAGUAUGAGUACCCUCUGGUCCGCCUCUGGCUCUUUGCUACCCAGAUCGUGGCGGGUAUGGAGUACCUCGAGACCAGGAGAUUCAUCCACAGGGACCUGGCUGCCAGAAACGUACUGCUGGCAACCAGGGAGAUGGUGAAGAUUGGGGACUUUGGCCUGAUGAGAGGCCUGAGCCAAGAGAAGGACCACUACGUCAUGACAGCACACAGAAGGAUCCCGUUUGCAUGGUGUGCUCCAGAGAGUCUUCGUGUCGGCUCCUUCUCCCAUUCCUCAGACGUGUGGAUGUUUGGCGUCACCCUGUGGGAGAUGUUCACCUACUGUGAGGAGCCCUGGUUCGGUCUGUCAGGCAGACAGAUUUUGUGGCGUGUGGAACGGGAGGGUGAGCGUUUGGAGAAACCGCAAGAUUGCCCCCAAGAACUGUACGCUGUCAUGAGGAAGUGCUGGGCCUGCAAUCCUGUUGAUAGACCCAGCUUCGCCCAGCUCACCACAAUGGUGGCAGAGGCUAAACCAGUUGAGAUGCAAGCAACAAGAGACUUUGCUGAACCCAGAAAACUUGCACUUGUGGCCAACGACCUUGUGACCGUCAUAGACCAUGGUCUGGAGCUGUGUGAAUGGAGGGGCCAGAACCACAGGACGCUGGCGGUCGGCUGGUUUCCUGCGAGCCUCACUGUGCCGUCACUCCCUCCUGCUGCCACUGCCGGCAACUCCGGGCCCAACCCUGCUUCUAGCACCACUUACAUCUCAGCCCCACUAAAGGGCAGCCUGCACCACACCGGGCACGGAGACAUCAAACCUGACCGCUGCUGGGGAACACCUGAGAGCCUGGACGGCAGUGGCAGCUGGAGGUUGGGCCCUGCCAGGGAAAAAGAGGGCUCCAAUCUGCAGAAAAUGGCAGGUAUGUCUCAGAGCCUGGAGUCAGUUUUGAACGGACACCGGUCUCGGGCUCAGUCUGUAGGGCUGGUCAGAGUAGAUCAGCAGGGCAGACUCAUUCCCCCUGUGAUGGCAGCUCAUAGUGCGGUGCUGCAGCAGGACCCACGACGGUUCAGCGAGGCCAGCAUCGUCCCGCCUCCGCGGCCACCGCUCCCCAACCUGAAACAUUUGAACAUGAAACACCAGAGGAGGCCCAUAAUCCAGCCGGUCCCAGGCACCGUGUGGCCUCCGCAGGUGGUCGUGUCCCCUCCGGCGCAGACGCAGCCUCAGCCUCAACACGGAGGCUCCAACCUGUCAAAAAUGGCCCACAUGGCACGCUCAACCCCACAGCUGGAUGAAUACACGGACAACAGAGAGAGAGAUCGAGAGAGGGAACGAAUCAGAGAUCGAGAGAAGUCCCCUCAUGUGCAGAACACGAGAGAUAGUCUCACCACACAGGUUAUGGAAGCAGUACAUGGAGUGACCAUUGAAGAGGUUUGUAUUGCACUUCAACGUAAUGACUGGAACCCAGUGCGAGCUGAACAACAACUCAAGCUGGAGCAGCUGUACUCGCUGAGCCUCUGCUCCAGAGAGGACUGCAUGAGGAUCCUCUCCAGAUACCAGUGGAACCUGCAGGUGGCCAGCCGCUACCUGAUCCGAUGGUCACGCGACGACAGGCCCGGCUCCGGCGAGAGGGAGCGACCUCCAAUCAGCACAGAAAGACGAGUCUGAAGUGAUUUUCUGGCUGAUUUUACCUUUAUUGAUGCAUGGAUAGUUGACUUUUUCAGCAACACCUUGCUUCACAUUGACACUGGAAGCUGCCCUAUACACCUUGAUAUGGGAACAGACAGGAGGUCCAGUGCGUAUGAAAGUAGAAGAACGAAGAUGGCUGGAUGUAAAAAGGAAAAAUAUUUUGAAACAGACUGUUUCUGACUACUGUUUUUAUAUUUUUAAUGAGACACCGCACAUUGUGUGUUUUUUGCUAACAGUUUUUGUAUCUUAAUGAAUUUGUAUAUAUUAGAUAUUGUUGUUUUAUUGAAUAAAAUUGAUGAUCUGGCCUUAAUGCUGAGCUGCCAUGUGAUAAUAUGAGCAGUUUAUUCAGUUGGUUCAUUGCAAAAGUGCACCAUGAUUAGUGUCUGCACUUUAUACUGUAACUACCAAUGGCAGGUUCUCAAUAGACUUAAUUUUCUUUCUCCUUUCUGGAUUUUAAAAUCCAUGUAACAGUGUCGCAGACACAUUAUGUCAUCUGAUUAUGUCAAAGUUUACAGGUCUUGAGGAGUAGCCUACUACUGCAUAUUGAAAAGACUUUUGAGUCAGCGUCGGUAGAGGCCUGAAGACUGCUAAUUUGAAAAUGAAAAAUGAUUUGGGGAUGUGAAGUUAACUUACCAGACCUCUGCAGCCCGCUCCUCAUCGCUGCUUGAGGCUAAUGGCUAGAGGCUACAUUAGCCGCUACUAGCAUAACACACCUGAAACACAGACUAAACUGUUAUUGGUUGAGUUGCAUCGUGGGUAAUGUAGGUGCCAGGUUUUGAUAAGAAAAUGUGUGAAAUAAAAAAGACGAUAUCUCUG